AUGAAAGCCGCCGUCUCCGCCGCCAUGGCCGCGGCGGCCGCCACGAUAGAGGAAAGCUUAGAGGAGUACAAUGCUGCCCGCUCUCAGGCAAAUCAAGAGAAUCUAGAGGACUUCCAGAAAAAUUCCGAGGCAGUACAUGUCCCGCCUGAUGCAAAAUCUCCAAGCCUCCUGGCCGCUCUUAUGUUCGAAUACGGGAGGCAAGGCAGGGAGGAGAUGCCAGAGACUCCGGUUCAGAAUGGCAGAAAACGACAAGGAGAAGACGCCCAUCCUUGCAUUAACCCAAAGCGGCAGGUGACUGACACGAGGCUCAAGCAUGAGGAUAAUCAUCGAAGGCAAGUUUUUGAGAGUGGUGGGAUCGGGAAUGGUGGCCAGGGACUGCAACCUAUCAGCGCUUCUCAAUCCAUGGUUGAUGCUUCGAAGACCCCAGCGCUGUACCAGCCGCCCACAAAGCCCCUGUUUCUAGAGAGUGCUGGCCCCGCCAUGGCGACCCCUGUCAGGCAAUCCUUUGCUACUUAUGGCCUGAAAGAGUCAACUACGAGCCAACUACCUCCCUCGUCGAAUUUCGGGCCCGCGGGAAUACCGGCAAAAACAGAAACGGACGCAGUCUCGGAGUACCUCGCUCCAACUGCGCAAGCACCCAGAGCUGAAUUACACGAGCCGUCAUCAUCCUCGCCUAAGCCCAAACCAUUAACACCAGCCCAAUGCUUCAAGCACGGUCUUAAAUACCUAAACCAAUACGUCGACCUAUCCAACCACCCACGAAGCGACGAGAUCAAGCAUCUUGAAGCCGAAACAGCUAUCCUCAGACGGAGACUCGAGCAGUCCGAAGCCGCGCAAGAGGACCUCAGAAAACAAUUUACAAACCAGCAAGAGGACCUCAGAAAGCAACUCCAAGCCCAGUCCGACGAGAUCCAAGCCCUCAAAGCAGCUGCGGCAACCACCCAGCAGCUAAGAGGAGCAUCAGACACGCUUCGACAAAUUCUCGAGCGCUCCGAAGCGAAAUUCACGAGGUGGAAUAGCACGCUUGAACAGGAGCUGAAGAGCCUGCGGGAAACCCAGAGAGGUGAUACCGUGAGCCUCAAUAAGCAGCUGGACCUUGUUUGGGAGUAUGCGCGGAAGGCUGGCAGAUUGCAGGAGGCUUUGGAGGAACUAGGCGAUUUGAAGGUUAGUGAUGUGCUGAGGACAGUUGUUAGGGAGAAGGCUUGUGCGUGUACCCGGACAGAGGUGGAGGUGCAGUCUCGCGCUGGUGCCAUGCCGUCUGAUGAAGCGCGUAGGAAUGGUUUGGCGUCGACUGGAACGACGGGGCUGGAGGCAUUGGAUGUAUCUGACGAGUGA